AUGCCAACCUCAGCCGCGGCUCGCGAGCGGGAGUUAUACCGUUAUUACCAGCCCGAAGCCGAAGCUGCAACUGUUAAACCUGGCGAAGAGGGGGUCAAGAAAGCCUCGAACGACCCAUGCCUGACCGCAUUUGCCCAGCUCGGAGCUCAGCGACUGGAUGCAAGGCGGGGGAUUAUCACCCUUUCCACUGCCGUCACGGAUUAUAUGCUGGCUGAAUCAGGGAAGCAGCUUUCUCUACAACGGGAUAAUGACCAGCAAGAUGAGUUAUGGCACGGGGUCGGGGCAUUCAAGUGUCCCACAAACACGCAUACAACAAUAGGAGCUGAAUUAGCUAAACACUUCACCAGUACCGAUGACAGAUAUGUGGUCAUCAACGACCUUACAAAGCAUGAUUUAUACAAGGAGAAAUGCGUAGUCGUUGGGACACCGUACCUGCGAUUUAUUGCCGCCGUUCCCCUCCGUACGCCAAAUUCGUUAGUUGUGAUAGGCAACUAUAUUGUCGCGGACGAUAAACCCCGUGAUGGCCUGACCGAGUCGGAGAUCGAAUUCAUGAUGGACGUGGGUGUGACGGUGAUGGACUACCUCGAGGCUGGCCUACUCAAACGCAAGCAGUAUCGGGCGGAGAGAAUGAUUAAGGCGAUCGGCUUAUUUAUCGAGGGCAAGUCAUCGUUGAGGGACUGGUGGUUGGAAUCGGGGCAUAAGCAUCAACAAGUGACGCUCAUCAGAUACCGAAAACGAGAAGCAGCUCCUCUGGACCACCUCGCAGAUGCGGAGUUUGGCGUACAAGAUCCUGUCAACAACCUCGCCAAAGCUAUGGAGCAUUGGCCAGAUGAUGAUUUAGCUCCAUGCGUAUCGCGAACACCGUCUUCCUCUGCUCCCUCCAAAGCUGACAUCGGCGAUGGAAGGCCAAUGCUGCCAAGAGGAGACAGCCAUUUUACCUCGUCUAAUACCGUCACUACCCAGGCCACCCUGACUUCUAGGUCGUGGAAAGAUAACAGCUCAGUGACCACAUUAGACAAUAUGUCAGAGGCGCCUACCAACUAUAGUGAAAAUAGGCACUCCGGCAAUUUUGAAUCAGCUGCCCCUCAGUUAUCAGAUGAUAUCUCGAAGGAGCUCCAAAAGGCCCUAGUGUCAAGCGAAACAAAACAUAUCUUUUCUCGAGCCAGCAACCUCAUUAGGGAGGCUAUCGGCGUUCAAGGCGUUAUAUUUUUUGAUGCUAGCGUUGGAACUUUUGGUGCCAGUUCUGAUAGGGAUAUCAUGGACGAGAAAGCACCCGGACAAUUUCAUAGGGAUCAACCACCUACCAGCAGUGAAGACGAGCCCGGCCAGAAGAUACCGCCCAAGGUUCGUUUCAGUGGGAAGAAUGACUCCGAUUGUACUGAGCGCCCUAGCGAGAAGUGUUGUAACAUCCUAGGUUAUAGCACUCGUCGGCGUUCAAGUCUCCGCCGGCACCGACCCCCAGAAGAAUAUGAACGCCUCCCUGAGGCUGUAAUGCGACGGCUUUUGAAGCGAUAUCCCCAUGGGAAGGUCUUCAACUUCGAUGCAGAUGGUUACAUUUCACACAGUGAAACAAACCCUUCACCGGAAGGCAAGUCAGAUUCCAAAACACUUCGAAAGCGGCACUCAAGAGAAGCUGAAGCAAAGGCCAUCGUGAGUGUUCUCCCGGAGGCACGAAGUGUCUUCUGGUUUCCACUUUGGGACCAACAUAGAGAGCGGUGGUAUGCUGGCACGCUGGUGUGGUCAUCCUCUCCCACGAGAGCGAUGUGUCCCACAGAGGAUCUUACUUAUCUGGCCGCCUUCGGGGAUAGUGCAAUGGCAGAAGUCGCCCGCAUAUCAGCGCAGGCGCUAGAUAAGAUGAAAUCCGACUUCAUCUCGAGCAUUUCGCAUGAACUGCGGUCCCCACUGCAUGGGGUUUUGGCCAGUGUAGAAUUCUUGCAGGAAACCUCGAUGACAGAGGACCAAGAGGAUAUGGUGAACAAUAUCCAUGCCUCUGGGAAAGUACUUCUAGAUACUAUCAAUCAUGUGCUCGACUUCUCGAAAGUCAACAGAAAAUCAAGUACUCGAACGAAAAAGUCGAGCAGUGCCGCCAAGCCAAAAAAGAAGCGGCCUCAUGAGCAAUCCCUAGCAGAUGAUAAUGGAGAUGAUGGUACAGCGGAUAUUAUGGUUCUAUCCGAAGAGGUAAUUGAGAGCAUAUAUGCCGGCCAAACCAUGAGCCAAUCUGGUCUUAAUCAAUCCUCAAAGCGAAAUUCAGAUACCUCGAAGGUUUCGCCAAUCACAAUUAUCACUGAUAUCAAGUGGCAUCCUAACUGGAAAUUUGAGAUAGAUCGUGGCGCGUGGAGUAGGAUCCUAAUGAACCUCUUCAGCAACGCUAUGAAAUAUACCAAAACCGGAUUUGUGAAAGUCUCACUCGAAGUUGAGAACGAAGGGUUGACACGGAAUAAGCAGGCUCGAACUACACUAUUACUGAAGGUGAAUGAUUCAGGAAUGGGGAUUUCAGACGAGUAUCUGAAGCAUAAGCUCUUUGAGCCCUUUUCUCAGGAAGACCCAAUGGCUGCUGGAACUGGCCUUGGUCUGAGUAUUGUGCGACAUAUUGUGCAAGAUUUGGGCGGCAGAAUACACUUGGAUAGCGACUUGGGCACGGGGACCGAAGUCACGGUCCAGUUUCCCCUCGCACCACAAAAUCCAACUGUCAAAGCGAACGACACAAAUAUCAUUAGCGAAGUGGCCAGCAUCACCAGGGCAUUCAAAUUCCACCUAGCAGGAUUCGAUAGAUAUCCCGACAUCACAGAAACACCAACUGGCAUCCUCGCUCCUGAGACAGAGGCCGCCAUGUACCUCAAAUCGGCCAUUCACGAAUUGUUAACCGAUUGGUUCGGGAUGAAACCCAGCUCGGCAUCAGCAGUUGACGACGAUUCUGGUAUCGACCUAAUCGCCAUUAUGGAAUCUGAACGUGGUGAUCAAGCUAUCAAGGAGAUCCUAGAAUCUUAUGAUCACAAGCGCCCCACAGCAUCGGGCAAGUCAAUCGCCAUCGUGCUAUCCGCCAGUUAUAAUUACCGCCCGAAGAUGCACACCUAUGGCUCGUUCCGGAUAUUCUACAUUCAACAACCGUAUGGGCCACAGAAGGUUGCCAAGAUUCUCCACAACGCAUUCUGUCAUGAGAGUCAUAAUGGUCAUAACCAUGAAAAUCAUAGCCCUACACAAAUAGAAGAACCCAAAUUAGCUGUGCUAUCGGAGAUGAACGGAUCUGCCGAAAACCACAUUGAAGCAGAAGCAACAGGAACAACAGACUUGGAGACGGAACCAACUCCUAUUCAUCCCACAGCUUCCGAUGAUCAUUUAGCCGAAAAAAACAACCUACAGGAGGGCGCUCCGGAUACCCCGCGAAAAGAACUGCGCGUCCUCCUAGUUGAAGACAACGAAAUCAACCUCAAACUGCUCAUUGCCAGCAUGCGCAAAUUGUGCAUAACCCACAGUACCGCAGUCAACGGUCUCGAAGCCCUAAACUCCUACAAGGACUGCCACGGGCAAUUCGAUGUCAUUCUCAUGGAUAUUUCCAUGCCCGUCAUGUCUGGCAUCGAUAGCGCUCGGCAUAUCCGCCGAUUCGAACGGGACGAGGGUUUAGAACCUGCUAGGUUGAUUGCGUUGACUGGGGCGGCGAAUCCUACCACGAGGCAGGAGGCAUUUGCUAGUGGAAUUGAUCUGUACUUGACGAAGCCAGUGUCGAUGAGGGGGCUAAGAUCGAUGUUGGAGGACUUUACAAAGGAGCAAAGGGGCGGGUAUGGCGGUGCGAUGGGAUGGAGGAUGGAUUAA